AUGACGAGAGCCAUUGGUUAUCCUCGUAUUCUUUCGCUGGAGAAUUUUCGAACACCUAAUUUUAAACUGGUAGCUGAACUGUUGGAGUGGAUCGUCAAACGAUUUGAUCCAAGUGCAGCGAUAAGUGCAGAGCAAACCGCUACCGAGCAAGAACGAGUGCUCUUCAUCAAGCAGGCCGUCCUCCUCCUCCUGCAAAACACAAGGCUUAAACUGAACCCAAGAAAACUCUAUCAGGCGGACGGAUAUGCGGUGCAAGAACUUCUUCCAGCUAUGAAACUUCUAUACGAAGCUGAAAAACGAACUGACGCUGACGAUUUGCACACACACUGGAAUGCCGUGAAAAGUCGGCUGAAUGCCAAGAUGCAAGAAAUCCGCAUUGCCAGACAACUGUCAACGCAGUUGCCACAGACGGGCGCCGCAUUGCAUGAGCUAAGCGAAAAAAUUUUGCAGCAGCAACGUAAUCGUGCCACUUCUCGGACGAUUCCUCUUACCGAGGCGGAGAAAACUGUACAGAAUUCUAUUGAAGCAAUCGCCGCUGACACUGAAGUUCAGAACGAGUUGAGUAAUGUGUCAAGCGACGAAGCGGCACUUGAUGAGAAAAUUGAACGAAAGACGAGAGAAUACGAACAAAUGCAGAAAAGGAAAUCUCUUCUGAGUUUCAGUCAUUUCGUCCGCAGUACAUGGAUGAAUGACUGGAUUUCACUAUUUCAAAGUCAUGUUUAUGUGAUAAAAUUUCGGAAUUUGACCUAUUUGCAACAACUGCAGCUUGACAUUGAGAGGUCCGACAGGCAGAAACAGGUACGUACGCGGCUUCUUUUUCGAAAGCACAUUUGGAACCACAAUGUCAAAAAUAUCCAACUUAUCGCAAGUGGUGGACAGAAUUCGACGUCUCAUACCGUAGUACGCAGACGUUCGGGUAUGAAGACAGCUACCAAGGCGAAGAAAAUCAAGUGGUUCGGGACGCCAUGCCUUGAGCGAAAACUGGCACUUUGA